CAAUCAUAUUUUGUAAACACGUGCCGGUUGUAAACAAACAUUACUGUUUUUAUUCCUAGGAGUAUUCUACCUCCAUGUUUUAUUCUUAGCAUUAUUUAGUCGAAUGUUUGGUCAAACGAUAUCUUCAUUGAAGAUGGCCCUGCCUGCUUUAUGCAUGAAUCAGCAGACGAAAGAAUUGAUUGCUAAAUCAUUUUGUAGUAAUGCUGAAAGAGUUGAAAAUUUGAUGAAGUGGCUAGGAAUACCACCAUCUUUUACCACAUUAAGGGUGAAUACCUAUAGUAGUUCUAUAGAUGACAUAUUACAACAGGUGGAGAUAACUCUUAAACAGCAAUGUGUGUCGAGAGGAAUGGACAUGUUUGAUAUAUGGCGCCAUCCUGCUUUAAAAGAUUGUCUAGUGAUACAGAAUAGAGGACCAAAGACGAAUCUUAUUCCAGCUGAAAAAGAAGUAAUAGUAGAUUUAAUGUGUGGAAUGGCUGUAUUACGAGGCGCAGAUGUGUUUGCACAAGGCAUAAUGGGAGCUGCAUCAAGUAUGAUGAAGGGAGAUAUAGUAGCAGUGUAUUGUGAUAUGGAAGGGUUAUGUCGUAGAGGGGCCACACAGAAAUACUCCAAAAAUAAGAUGUUUGUGGGUAAUGGUGUUGCUCAAAUUGGUCGGGAUGAAUAUUUCUGUUCUGAAGAGAAAAUAAGUGGUGUUGGUAUAUUGAUGACACAGCCUGUUAUGGAAGCACCAUGUUUAGACAUAUUACCAAAUAUAGUUUUUGCUCAGAAUUUACCUUCUAUUGUAUGUACACAUGUUCUUGAUCCACAACCAGGGGAGAUAAUUCUUGACAUGUGUGCUGCUCCUGGUGGAAAGACAACACAUAUAGCAGCUCUUCUUUGUGGAAAGGGGAGAGUGGUUGCUUUAGAUAAAGCUAGGGGUAAAAUAAAUAAAUUAAAACAGAAUAUAGAGGCUUGGGGAUUAUCUCAUCUUGUAGAAUGUUAUGAUUACGACGCCAGAAAUGCUCACAGUUCAGAUAAAUCCACAGUGAGAGAAGGAAGUCCACCCUAUCCUAGUGAAACAUUUGAUCGUAUUUUAUUGGAUGGACCGUGCAGUGCAUUAGGUCAGAGGCCAUCUUUAAAAAACAUCAUGGUACCUAGUGUUUUAAAAUCAUUUCCCAGGUAUCAAAGACAGUUGAUGAAAACAGCUGUAGCGUUAUUAAAACCUGGAGGUACACUGGUCUAUAGUACUUGUACCGUACCAGUAGAAGAGAAUGAAUCCCAAAUAGAAUGGACCCUGGAAAACUUUCCUCAACUAAACCUAAUUAAACAGACACCACAUGUGGGUGGCCAGGGUAUUAAAGGUGGCAACAAUCUUUCAGAAGAUCAACUAAAAUUACUACAGAGAUUUGAUCCAAGUACUUUAAAAUCUGAUAAUCUAACCUGUGAUACCGAUACUAUAGGAUUCUUUAUUGCUAAAUUUAUAAAAUCACAAACAUGAUAUUUUUUCAUAUUAGUGAACUAAUAACCUGAAUAAAUACUGUAUAGGCCUU